UUGUUUUGUUGGCCGUUGCGAUUGGAAACGAAAAGAUUGCUUAUUACCAUUUUAUUGUAAGUUUUUACAAAUGAAUUCAAUGCUUCAACUCCAGAAAUGCUUAUUUAUAAAUGUCUACCUUUACUUAGUCUGGGUACCGGUGGUGGGAUUCUUCCUUUAUGUCAAGUUGGAUUUACUGGGACAUCUGACGAGAUACUUAUCUUUAACAGUUUAUACACUGCUAGUGGUUAUAGAAUUUACAAGACUGUAUCUAGGCCAGUAUGGGAACCUGUCUUGCCGGGUGCCUGAACUGGCGGGCUUUUUGAUGCUGUCAGUGCUCAUGCAGUUGCCUCUUGUUAGUUUCUUUCUUUUUAAUCCUUACCUGCUAAGUACUCCAACAGAAGUUGUUCUUCAUACAACAUUAUACUUGUUAACUGUAGCUGAAAUUGUUUUUGGUUUCAUAGCUUUGAAAAAGGCAUCAUCUUUAGCAAAAAAUAUUUACUUAACACAUAAAGAUUAAGGCUUAUCAAGUUAUUUUUUCUGGCUUGUAUGUAAAGUAAGUAAAUAAAACACAAUUAAAAAUAAAUAAUUUAUUCUUAAACAAAAUCAUCUUACACAGCACACUCACAGCUUGCAUAAUUUGCAUAAAAGACAUGAAUUUGCAACAAUCUCUAUUGCUUACUAUGACCGCGUUCAAUGGAGACACGCUACUUGUGGUCGCGAUCCUCAGCAUUGAGGGAACGAGGAAGAAGAAGGAAUUGCUUACUAAAGUAGGUAAAGUAUAAUUGAUGACCCUUCAAAAUGAUAAAGGCAGGAAAUCUUCUGGUAAACUAGAGGUCAACUAUAUUAUUUCAAAGAGGAAAUCUUUUGAUAUUUUUUUACCCUAAAUAGUCAGAUGUUAUAUCGACAGUGAAGUACCAUGAACUCCCAACUAACCCAUGUUUUCAUACUUAGUUAGGAGUUCAUGGCACUUCGCCAUCGAUAUGUAUUAUAAAACUCUAAGCAUAUUGCAGCAAAUUGUAUUAUUUAUCUCAAUUUCACUCUCGAGAACAUAUUUGUGGAUGUAUUUAAAUAUGUAAUCUGAUCAAAACAAUGGAUUUCUGAAACCAUAAAGUUAGAUAAAAACCAUAAAGUUUAACUUGAACUGAACUCAAAAUACCUUGUGCAAUCCAAUCUUUUGCAGUUACAAUUUCAACACAGUCUCUAAAAUCAGGGGUUCCUUAAGCUAAGCAUUCUUUUGUAAACAAUAAAUAAUUUCUAAGAUGUAUCUAUGCAUUUGUUUUAAAUUACAGAAUGUUUCACUAAACCAUAUUUUAUACAACCCUUUUGGCCUUAAAUAUGGCUAGUACUAUGCUUAAUAGUCUUAAUACUGUUGGGUUGCUAUGAUGUCUCUGACCACACCAUUGCAGUGACUUUAUUAUUAUCUACUAAGAAAAUAUGUGAGAUAGAAACACACUUUCAUAAUUUUCCUGUCACAGAUUCCAAUAGCAAGUAAUAGCAUUUAAUGCAUUUUUUAUUUUUAAAACCUUAAAGUGUAACAAAUACUCGUACUAAGCAACUGUGACAAUUUAUUACAUACAUUUUAUUUCUGAGUCUAAAAUCUAUAAUGUAUGUCAUUCAUAUUUUAAUUUAGCAAUAAGUAAUAAAUAAGUUACAUAUAACAAUCUCUAAGCACUUAAUACCAUUCAUAAUGUUCCAUGUUACUUAUUAAAUAUCUCUUUUUCAACUUUGACCUUACUAGUUUUACUAUACAUGGUCUAAAGCAGUAGUCCCCAAACUUUGACCUGUGGAAAGUGCCAAAUUAGAUACAAUACAGAAAUUGAGACCUAACUCCACUUAGGUCAGAUUGAAGAGAUUGUAAGAA